AUGAAGGAUGAACAUAAUUUCUCUCCACAAAACUGCGUUUUAGAUACAACUCGGGUCAAAAUGAAUAAAAAUGAUGAGAAAGCUAUUUUUACAGACGGAAAAUUCUCUUGUUGGAUAGAGGAGCAGGGUGAUCUCAAAAUCAACUUCGGAUGGCAUGAACAUAAUGAAAACGACGUAGUUGAAGUUUUCGACCAUUUGAGCACGUCCGCAGGUAAUACGCAAUCAUCAGUGAGGUCAAACGCAACUGAUCUUCCAACUCACCUUAAACAUUCGUGCUCGACAAAUAGCAAUAAUAUUGAAGUGAUUUGGUUAGAUAGUAAUGCUGAUAAUAACGACGAUUGCUUAGAUACACAAGCUAGGCUUGGUACACUCAUUCAAUCUUCACAGGUAUUUUUGGAUUCGGACGAAUGUGUUGAUUACAUUGUAUCCAGUGAUGAUCGCGCAGUCUUUCUUGUCACAUCAGGUUCGCUUGGUCGUAUUCUGGUUCCACUUAUUCAUAACACUGAUCAGAUUAUUGGCAUAUAUGUAUACUGUGCGAAUGUGGGUACUCAUAUUCAAUGGGCACAACGUUAUGUCAAAAUAUACGGCAUUUUCAAUGAGAAGAAUACGCUGUUUACGAAGCUCAUACAAGAUCUUGAGUCAUUCGAUACGUCAUUCGACACUUUUAGUAUGUCAGGUAUGAUAGAUACGAAAAAAGAAACAUCAAUAAAAGAUUUAAGAGCUAAAGAGCAAUCUAUAGUUUGGUAUCAAUUGAUUAUCGAAGCAUUAUUACGUUUGGAGGAUACAUCAGAUGAAAAAGCAGAGAUGGUCGCCGAAUGUCGAAAACAUUAUGUCAAUGAUGAGAUUGAAUGUUUAAAAAUAUGUGACUUUGAAAAUAACUUUACUCCAAAUGAUGCAAUUCGAUGGUAUACAAGGGACUCGUUUUUAUAUCGGUUAUUCAACAAAGCAAUGAGAACGCAAGAUGUUCCCUUUAUUUACAAAUUUCGUUUUUUCCUAAAAGCACUGUACAAUCAAUUGGCGCGUGUUUAUAAUUGUGAAACGAUCCAUGCGCAGCCGAUUAAAGAAGUUUAUCGAGGUCAAAUGAUACGUAUCGAAGAACUACAACGGUUAAAAGACAAUGUUGGUUAUGCCGUUUCCUUCCAUUCAUUUCUAUCGGCAACGAGAGACAAACAAGUUGCAGCUAUUUUCUCUGGCAAUGGUAAAGGCCGACCAUUUUUUGAAUCGGUCGUUUUCUGCAUUAAAAUACUUGGCGACUUUCAUCCGUAUAUUGAGACAAACUUGCGUGUAAUGAAUUCGGCAGGAAUCGAUGGAAAACCAUUUGCAGAUAUUACGAACUACGCAACCUACGGUGGAGAACAAGAGAUCUUAUUUGCAAUGGGAUCAGUGUUCAAAGUAUUGUCUAUUAAGCUAGUUGAUAACAUCUGGUAUGCUAAGUGUAAUUUCUAUUCCGGAGGAAUAGGAAAUUUCUUGAGAUACGAAUUCAGAUCGUGGAAUGUCCUUCUUGGAUAUAACCCUCGAAUGGACGUUAUCGGAGAUUUCCUACUUCAGCUAAAUAAUUACGCCGAUGCGAUUACUUUUUAUAUUUCCUCAGCUAAGGAUCAAUCGGAUCACUUAGCAGUUGCAUGGGCAAAUUAUAAACUGGGAAGAUUAUACAUGCGAAAAGGUGAAUAUCAGACUGCUCUUGAUUACUUGCAAAAAGCAGAGAAUUUGAUGUUGCUGCAUGUGGAUAUCACAGAUUUUUGGCUAAAAAAUGUUUUUGAGACAACUGGCGAUACCUACAUGCGACGUGCUCAACAGCAAUCUGAUCCUAAGAGCGAUUAUGAAUAUGCCAUAGUAAAUUAUAAAAAAGCGCUUAACACUGUCAUUAAGAAAAAGGACAACGGAGUGAAGCAAAAUCCAUUAGAAUUUCAAGCAACUAAAGUUAUCUUAGGUUCAAGCAACGAAGAAGUUAUGCAAGCUGAAAUUAGUUACAAGAUAUUCAAAGCUUAUUGCCAGAUGAACAACCAUGCAGACAGUGAAUAUUUUAGAGAAGUAUUCUUAACAACCCUUCUUUCAAAUUCGAUAUACAGUUAUGAACAAUCAAAAAUCAAUACGCAUGAAGUUUUUACUGCUGGUGUAGAUUCCAGAACAGCAGAUACCGUAGCAAUUCGACAGCGGUUAUUCAGUCAUGUAUCUUACAUUGUAGAAGGAGCCGUGGUACCAAAUCAUCUUGAAAUGUACAAGAGAUGUACUGAAUUAAUUCGGUUGGCUAUCGAAGAAGAAAAGAAACUAAUUCUUUGCAAAUUUCUAUCAGACAUGUGUUCACCAUUUUAUCCUAAUCCAUACGAUAUUCUCAUCUUUUAUCACAAGUACAAUCUAUUCAGCGGUAGCAAAUACGAGAACGAUUACUCACAGUAUAUCAUCCACCAAAAAAAUAUUCUUAACGCUGAUUGCUCAAAUGCUCCAUCUGGAUUCAGUCUGUAUAUGCGUCUAUCUCUCACAGAUUUUUAUCUAGACACUACGCUUGAAAAAAGAUUAGCUUCUGAAGAACUGGAUCAAAUAUUCUUAAUUCAAAUGAUGGAUUUUCAUUCUGCUCUGUGGAUUCAAAGGCGAGACUUGCUUAACAUAAGCAACGGUUCCUGUUUUGAUUAUCAAGAAAAAUUUGUACUUGCAAGAUACUAUUCAUAUUACGAAAACCCACCUACAUCCAUCGGCGAUGCUUAUCAGCGCUUGCGAAUGUAUGAAAGUCAGUUGAAACUUCUUAUAACAAUGGAUCUAACUAAAGCAGCUCUAGCAAAUCCGUAUCGAAAUAUCGCUCGAAUCUAUAGUUACCUCUACGAAUACGCAAUGGCGUUGGAGAACUAUGAGAAAUGUUUAGAAAUUGUUCAUACACAUAUGUCACCGAAUGUUUCAUUUUUGAGAAGAACAUAUGCACUUAUCGCGCAUGAAAUUGUUGAACUUUAUUUAAAUACGAAUGCUGUUGCACAUGCAAGGGAUCUUAUGAAGUUAUGGCUUAAUUUUGCACACAAAUAUGCCGUUUCUGAUCAUGUACAACUUGCUGCUGUAUACUCUCGUUUAAUUGAUAUAUGUAUGCGACAAGAAGACUACGAUUUAUGUUUGGAAUAUGCAGAGCAAGAAUUAAUGCAUCUUCAAUCAGUGCAACAGCCUGAGAAUGAACGUAUAAUGGAGUGCAAAGAAAAACUAGAAAGUUUUAGAAAGCAACGUUCUACUUGA